ACAAUGCCUUUCGCUGUGCGAGUGGAGGUCUGAAGCGGCGUGGUGCUUGUCAGACCGGCCGGUGCGCAAGCAAAGUUACUGCGGUGGAGACAUGCGACCGGCAGAAGCGGCGUUUUAGCAGUUUUUACCGCGACAGUCACACAGGCAGGGUUUCACGGUGCUUUUAACUGAAAUUUAUUUAAGAAGGAUGAGAAGAGCAAGGAUUAGUAUUAAGCCUAAUGUCAGGCCAGGGGGUCGAAGUGUUGGACCUUCUCCAGAGGACAAGAGCAGCCAGGACUCCCCAGCUGUUGAUGACACCCAGAAAACAGUGUCACCUCCUCCACAGUCUCAGCCGGAGGUGAAAGAGUCUGCCGAGGCUAUAGGAGAUGGACACUUUCCUGGCUCUCCUACUGAGAAAGCGGCACUGAACACUGACAGUAAAGAUAGAGCGCCAUCUAGUGCCAAGACAACUGCAACUCCAGCACUUCAGAGGAGGGGCAGAUUAUCUGUCGCCCCAAACCUGGCCAGACCCAAACUCCGUUCUACAGCUGAUCCUCCUCCAUCGGCUAACAAAACUGCUUCUCUUCCAUCAGAGUCUUCCAAAACCUCGUCCCCUAUCCAAGCACCCAAGUCUUUUCCUCAGCCUCCUGUCCCAGUUGCUAUCAGUGAAGAUGUUUCUCAAAACUCUAAAUUUUCUGGCUCUACUGCAGCAGCCCAUUGCCCUCCAUCAUCACCAUGUCUUCUAUCCAUCUCUGGCUGCCCAGAAUCUCCAUCCUUCACAUCAUCUCAUCAAGAGCCCUGCAAAUCUCCCCUGAAAAUCCAAAGCAAGGACGUUGGACUCCUAGAAGGAGGUGCUCCAGCUCCCUCCACAUUCUCUCCGUAUGUGAAGCUGUCACGUGUUGAUGGACCUGGUUCUCCUCUCAGGGAGAAAAUCCUCUCGGACAAGGAGCGAGUCUUAAGGGCCCUCAAACUGAAAGAACUGAUGAAGAUGGAGAGGUCAAAGGAAAGAAUGCAACGGCGCGGACGGCAUAAGCGCGAACAUGUCUAUGAGAUGGAUCCUGAUAAAAUGACUUUAGCUGACUUCAUUUAUUACAUCCCAGAUACUAAUCCUAUGAAGUCUUCCCUUUCAACAGAGGAGGUUCAGACAGCACCUACUGCUACUGCUAUUUCUCCAUCUCCCUUGGUGCAGAAAUACAUGGCAGAUGAGGAUGAUGAUGAUGCAGAUGAUGAUAUGCUGGUUCCUAAAGUGAGGGUGGCAGAGGACGGCUCACUAAUUUUGGAUGAAGAAAGUUUGACAGUGCGUGUUCAGAGGGCAUCUGAUACAGUUAUCGACAAUACAAAUCUACUGUUUGAACGAGGCUCUACUACAACAUACAGCAGUUUCAGGAAAAAUUACCAUGUGAAGAACUGGUCUGUCAGAGAGACGGAUAUGUUUUAUCUGGCCAUCAGUAUGGUAGGAACAGACUUCAGCAUGAUGGCUCAGCUGCUGACUCACCGUAACAGAACAGAAAUUAAGAGUAAAUUUAAAAAGGAGGAGAAAGAGAACGCAUGGCGAGUUGAUAAAGCAUUCAGAGAAAAGCGGCCAUAUGAUGCAGAGUUUUUCAGCUUUCUGCUGAAGAGAAUUUUGGCUAAAGACAAAGAAAAAGGCAAAGCCAUAAAACUGGUUGUUAAGCCCAGUAAAGCAAAAAAACCCAAAAGCAAAGGUGGCAAGAAAGCCAAAGAAAUUGUUGAGGACUUCAUGAGUGAUAAUGAUUGUGAUGAAUUGUGCAGUGUGGACAGUGGCAGCUUUGAUUUGGAAAAGGAGAAUGAAGACUGCAGUAAUUUGAAGGAAGCUGAUGUGCAAUCAGCCAAGAAGCGUAAAGGCAAAAAGGAUAAGCAAUGUGAGAAAACAUCCAAGCCAAGGAAGACUUUAAAAAAAGGUGUAUGCUCAAUUGAUGAUGAAGAUGAGUGUGUGGACAAUGACUUGGUGGAAGUGGACCCUGUGGGCGCAGACAAUGAAGAUCAGUCAUGCAUGCCUGUAUCAAAAAAGAAGCGCAAACGUUCAAAAAAGGAUGACCAGGAGGAGCAGAAAGAAAAAGCGGAUGCCAAAGUAAAACGCCAGAAAAAGAACAAAAAAACACUGAAAGUUCAAAAUGAAGAACAUGCUGAUGGGGAAAGCGAAGCAGUGAAUGAGGAGCACAGUGAGGUGUCUACCAUCCCAAAUAAAAAACGGAAACGCUCUAAAAAGUCUGAAAAGGAAGAUGAAGAUCCCACCAAACAGAAACCGAAGACUAAAAAGAGCAAAACAUCACCACAAGAUUUUAGUGGAUCUGAGCCAGGAGCUGAAGGAAUUGAAAUCUCAGCAGCAGCCACCAGUGCUGAAGGGGAUCAUGGGGAGAUGCUCAAUCAAGACAGCGCAGUUCAGGAGAUUUCGAAAAGCUCUUCCAAACGUUCCAAGAAGCCUUUGCCCAAGUUAGUAAAAAGAAAAUCCAAGAAAUGUACUGAACCACAAGCAGCAGAAGAGAUGGAAGAUGCAGUAGAACAGCCUGAAGAUGAAAGCUGCACAGAUGCUGGUAAUAAGUCCAGGAUCCUCCUUGCUGAGGAGCAGCUCCAGAAGCAGCCAGUUGUUGUUUUGGAGAGAACUCCUCCACGGUUAAAAGAGUCAUACAACUCGACUGAAAGUCAAGACGGGCCACAGUCCUCUAAAAGCCCACAAUGCUCUCCUGGAAGAAAGAUGAGAGCAGAGAAGGUCAAGCGCAAUCUGUCUGCUGCGGAUGGUGGUCGUGAAGUCCACAGUUGUGAAGAGGAUCAUAGGGAAAAUCUCAGUCCAGAGAGUUCAGCUCAGGAGGCGGCUUCUCAAAGCUUCUCCAGACAUUCUCCGAGUUGGCAGACGAGAGCAGCAAAGGUCAAGCCCGAUCUGGCUCCCUCAGAAAGAGAACAGAUGGAGCAGUUUAAGGCUAGAUCAGAUUCAUCAGCAGAGGACAUAAGCAGCACUGCCAUCCCUGAUCAGAUCGUCAGCCAAGACUCUGAAGUGAUGGGCGCUGAUCAGUGCACGGAGGAGGAGGAAUAUAAUUUGCAGUCUGUGACUUCAUCUGAAGUAAUUGGUCAGACAUUUCUGAAAAAAGCAGUUGUGUCUGUGUCUCAUGAAGAAGUACAGCAUUACCUCAGGGUUCAAGCCCAAAACACAGCCGAGGAAUCAACAGCAUCUGAAAGUCUGCAGGACACAACACCUGACAGACGCCAUCAGGUGGAAGAGAAUAGAGAGGGUUUUAAGGAGCAGGGCUCUUCUAGUGUUACUGUCUCUCAAGAAGCAGAGAUGAAAGAGUCACCCACUGCCUCAGUUUCUGCCCAACAGAGCAUUACUGCAACAAGGAGAAGGGUUUUGAAGCCCACACCAAGGCUCAGUCGGGAAGCACAGUCCAGCCGCAGACCUCUAAAUGUACAGACUAUAGAAUCGAGUCAAAAUACCUCAUCUUUAAAAGAGCAAGUGAACCUCACACCGAAUGAAAACAUUGAGGAAGAGCACAGGGACUGUCCUGAAGAAGAGGACACACAUAGUGUUUCUCCACAAGAGAACAGCUCUCAUGAUGUUCAGGAUGAUCUCAGAUCCACAGCUGAUGAUUCUCCUUCCACAUCAUCAGUUGAAAUCCCCGAAACAGUUGACAAACCUAUGGCUUGUAAUACAGAUGUACCUGAAAGAAAAACAGAGCUUGCUGCAUCUCCAGCCCCGAUUUUCGAGAUUGAAGAUCAAAUCAGGGAUCAAGAGGAACAGGAUUCAGAGUUUGAGAUCACAGAGAGCACGAUCAAUGAGAUAAUGACAGAGAUAAAAAGGAGUAUUCCAGUCAGCUUUUCCGGUGAUGAAACACACUGUCAAAUUGCAAAGCCCACUUCCAGCAUAGAAUGUGAACCUCAGGUCUCUGUGAGCCCUCAACAUACCUCAGAGCCUAAUGAAGAUUCUGCCAAGAAGCCAGAUCAUCAGAGCCCUUCGAUAGCCCAGCACAGUGAUUUAGAUCAAGGCAUAGAGCCUUUCUCUGGAGAAGAUAAGCCUGUGUCAUCUGUAGUGGAUUUGCGGGAAUGUAAACAGGAUGAGGAUCUUCUGUGUCCUGUCCCAUUGCUUAACUCAACACAAACACCAGUCCCUGUGGUCAGUGCUGGCACAGAAAUCAAACAACAGAAUAACCCAGCUUUUAGUGAUGCUUCAUUGGAACCAUUAAAACCACAGAGUCUGGAUUCAUCUAUUUCUGAUCAUCUCACCCAACAUACCAGCAACUUGUACGAUACUGAUGCGUUGAUGUUUAGUGUGCCUGCAGCUGAAAACAUCCAAAUACCAGAUAAACAGGAUUCAGCAAAACAAGACUGCGCUGAAGAGCAAUCGUCAGUUUCUGAGAACUGGAGUGUCCCUCUCGAUGGGGAUUCAAAAGCUGAAAUCUCAAUCUCAUCUGGAGUGGAGACAGGUGCAUCUGAUUACCAGGCAGAGGAGCCCACCUUUAUUUUGACUCUGUAUGAGAUUCCAACCUCUGAGCUGUUUAGUGAGGGAAUCAGCGGGGAGCAGGACACACUGCCCUAUGAACUACAGCCUGCACAAGUCCACACACCCUCACGGUUGAAAGGCAAUUCACAAACUCCUUCCUUCACAGAAGAGCCUUCCAGUGCAUCUCUGCACAUGGCAUCAGAAGAGCCAGAGAAACCAGGUGAAAGUGUUUCUUGUGAGGAUGAUCCUCUGGUUUGUCUUUCAAAGUAUCCAGAAAAUGCCAGUACACAAUUGAUAUACACACAGGAAAGCAGUUAUGAUGGUGUGAACUCUUUAAUUUGUCCAUCUGAGAUGCUCUCGGCCACGCUUACAGAUGUGCCAAAUUUGGAUGAGACCACAACAAAAGCAUCAGAAACAAAAGCUCCUGCUCAGAGGAGAAGCAAGAUAAAGAUCAAGCCAAAACUGAAGCCAUGUUUGAAAGCUGGACCUUCAAGAAAUGUCCAGUUGGACCCUGCAAGCAGUCAGAGUCCACCAUCAUCUCAUGCCAAAGCUGAAACUGAGAGCGAGUCCAAACAGAAAACAUCUGCACAAGAAACUAUUGAUCCUAAAAUCCACUCAGACCCUGAAGACAGUGAGCUGGGAGCCCAUUCUGGACAUGACUGUGUAGUUUCAGUAGCCACUGUGCCAGUUUCUGAAGAGAUGACAGUUGAGCAUCCUCUUCAAAUAGAAGUUGACCAGAUGGACCAAGUCUUUCCAGUGCACAGUACAGUCAUGGACGUGUCCAAGGAUAGAAGUGAUUAUGGUUGUGAGGGUGUUUCACACAUGGUGCUGGCUGACACCUUCAUGCUCUCUUCAGGAGAAAUAGAUAGUGUUUUAAAUGUGUUGGAAAGCCCUAAUAAUAGUGAGCUUCAAGAAGAGAGAGAGAAAGUUGUCCUUGAAGUUAAUGACCAAAAGGAAACAAUGGGAGAUAUUGCUGGAAAGCAGGAUAGUUGCCUAAAGACAUCAAGUGUGCUGCCAUCAACAUUUCAAGAGCAGUCUAAGCCCUUUAGCAGAUGCAAACUAACAUCUCCUACUGAGGACAUGUCAAGUCAAGAGCAGUCUGAUAUUGGGUUUAAUGAUCCAGCCACAGCUCAAAUCAUUUCACCAGAACCUCUAAUUAAAGAAGAAUUAGAAGAGAGAACGGAGCAAGAAGAAGAUGUGUCUGAGGAAGAAUUAGAUGCAAGGCCUGCCUUGAUGACUUUGUCUACACAGGAUCUUACGUCAUUCACAUCUGAAAAAUCAUUAGCAUGUGAUUCGCCAUCUGUGGAAAUGAAAAAAGAGGGAGGUUCUCUUGAUGUGACGCACAUAGUGUUGUCUGAUAUAUUUGUGCCGGUUUCUAAUGAAACACAAGAUGAUGUUAAUAUGGAGAGAGGCUGUUCUGUCCAAAGCGUCAACCAGAUGGGUGAAGAGGAGAGACGAUCAUAUGAGAGAGUUUGUCAUGUGGUGCUGACUGAUAUAUUGAGAAGCCCUCGAUUGACAGAAAGACCUCAGCUGAGAGAGGAGGCACAGUCAUCACAUGCUGAAUCGUCAGUAUCACCCAAGAGGAACAGGCCUGCUCAGGGAAAAGGCACACAGUGUUCAAAACCUACAUUAUCAAAAAGGAUAGACGAUCCUUCAGAAACUGACCUCAUUCCACCCAGCUCUGCACAGAGCUCUCUGGCUGCACCUCAACAGUCUCUGGACCAUCAAGCAGAGGAAUGGACCUUUAAAAGCAAUAUGUUGCCCAUAGACUCAGAUGAGAUUGAGAACUGGUGUGAAGGAGUUUCCCACAUGUUGCUGUCAGAUGCAUUUGUGCCUGUUUCUGAAGAGAAUGAGGAGAACAACACAAACCUAAAAAUGUUUGACUCGAGCAGUCCUCAUGACAAUAAGGAAUUUGCUCGAAGUCCAUCAAUAAGGAGGAAGACACCUUCAGUGAUAUCAGAUAAUACGCCUCCAAUAGACUCUACCACUGAAAUACCAGAGAUUGGGGUCUCAAAAGAGAGUCUGCCUGCAUCACAAGCCAAAGAAUCACCAACAACAAAUACAUUUCACAUGACACUAAGAUCACCUGAAAGAUGCAUUAAAGAUCAGCCUAAAGUGCAGAAGUCUCCUCAGGCUGCCUCAACGACACCUCAGCGGACUCUGACAUCAAAAGUGAAGGAGUCAGUGGAGUCUCCAUCAAGGCAACACAUAGGAGAGACCUCAAGUUUGUGUAGAGUACAGUUAGAGAGGUUGUCGAUGGAGGAAAUCCGUGCUGCUCAAAGUGUUCUGCAGCCAAAACAUCACAGCACGCCUGUCACUGUGAAAACCACUUCUAGAGGAAAUGAAACCCAAAUAGUAUCAUCUCUGGCUUUGCUUGGAAGCAGAAGUCCUGGUUUUGAACUGCAAGCUGGUGAAGAGACACAUGUACCAUCAGGAUUCUCACCAAAGAUUGUUCUUCACCGUAUUCCUAUAACACCUACCUCAUCUCCAGCUAGAGCACCCACAGCCUCUCAAACAUCGGCAGAUGGGCAGUCUCCUCAAAGCAGCCCUUCUGCUGGGGAAUCUUCUAAGGAUCCAGUUCAGGUGUCUCAGUUCUUCCUGGAUGAUAUCUUCACUGAAGUCGAGGAUACCGACUAAUCAUUUGUGAUUUUUUGGGUAAUUUUCACUGCUGCUAUUUCUGUUCAUUGCACUAUAGAGUGAACAAUGUUACACUAAUUUACUGAAAGAGUGGCUGUGAGCAAUUUUAAUAGUUUGUCUAAUUUCAUUUUGUUUAUGAUGGAAAAAAAAUGUCUGUUGAAUUUUUCUGCAAUUCUUUAUUCUUUUUGUUGAUGUUUAAUCACAGCUCUUAUUUAUUUCUAUUUAUUUACUAUUGAACAUCACUCACAGUCACAUUGUGUCACCAGUGUGAUUUUUACUGACUGAUUUUGAGUUUAAAGCUCUUGUGUUGUUCAGUGGAAAUAUAUUUGUUUUUAAUGGUUAACAUGUUAUUUCUUGUGUUUUUCUUUGAGAUUGAAGCUUUACAAUAUCUUUCUCCAGUAAGAAAUAACCUUUCAAUUGUCAGUUGUUUUGGCUGUAUGUGGCAGUCUGGAUAUCACAGCAGUUUAGUAAUUAGAAACAAAUGAAAUGAACAAAUAAAUAAAUGGAUU